AUGGACAGAUUCGUUGUCUUGCUCAAGCCUGAUGUCGCUGACCAAGAGGAUGAGAUUGUGUAUCUCAUGAGACACCGCGCAAUGAACAUCGUGAACCGCAGACGUAUCCUGCUUACGCGUGAGCAGGUCGAAGAAUACUAUAUCGAUUACAUGGGCGACGAGGGAUUCGAUUUGCUUCUGGAGUUUAUGACCAGCGGGCCGGUGGUGGCACUCUUAGUCGAGAAAGCAGGCGGCAUCGAGGACUCCAAAGAGUUUAUUGGUCCGCACGACCCGGUGGAGGCCAAGAUAUCCCAUCCAGACAGCCUAAGGGCGAUCUACGGCGUCGAUGUCUUGCGAAAUGGCUUCUAUGCGAGCGAGAGCCACGAAGUGGCUUUGUUGGACAUCAAGUUCUUCUUCCCAGAGAUGUGGAUCGAGCCCUUGUUGAGCAAAGAUCGGGCAAAGAUAUACCUGGAGUCAUCGCUUUACCCUGUCCUGACCCAGGGACUGACCCAGCUGUGCAAAGAAAAGCCCGAGAACCCAACGACGUGGCUGGGAAACUGGCUGAUCGAAAACAAUCCCAACAAGCCCAAGGUUGUUCUGCCAUAGAGGCAUUCGGCGAUCGGUUCACGAUCGAGAGGCAUUCAAUUUUGUGGCGAACGCAGGGAUGGUGGUGCGGUGGGUCGGAAUCGGAGGGAGGCUCAAUCGUCUGGACAUGCGGCUUCCGGGAAUACUCAAAAUCGUAUUAGAGAAAAUGACUAGGACAGGGAAGUG